AUGUGCAAAUUCAUUUGCAAAAUUCUUGAAUACAAGAAGCUCAAGAUGAUCAUUCGCUGUAUUCUUGUUGUUUUCAUUUUGACUGCACUUGAAAUAAACAUUUCAACAACGCAAAGAAAUCCGUGUAAAAGGUUUCCUUACUUACCAAUAUGUUUGCUAAGAACGACGACCACGACAUCCAUAACUGAUUCUACAACUACGGAGGACAUCACGACAACUGAAUCUUCUUCAACAGCUGAAGACGUGAAAACCACUCUUACUCCUACAACCACUGAAAAUAUACCCACCACCACAAAUUCACCCACAACGACAGAAGAACCAAGUACAACUGAAUCAAUCCCGUGUGAAAUUUUUCCAUUCUUACCAAUAUGUUUGCUAAGUACGACGACCACAACAUCCAUAACUGAUUCCACAACUACGGAGGACAUCACGACAACUGAAUCUUCUUCAACAGCUGAAGACGUGACAUCAACCACUCUUGCUCCUACAAGCACUGAAAAUAUACCCACCACAACAACAUCCAUAACUGAUUCCACAACUACGGAGGACAUCACGACAACUGAAUCUUCUUCAACAGCUGAAGACGUGACAUCAACCACUCUUGCUCCUACAAGCACUGAAAAUAUACCCACCACAACAACAUCCAUAACUGAUUCCACAACUACGGAGGACAUCACGACAACUGAAUCUUCUUCAACAGCUGAAGACGUGACAUCAACUACUCUUGCUCCUACAACCACUGAAAAUAUACCCACCACAACAACAUCCAUAACUGAUUCCACAACUACGGAGGACAUCACGACAACUGAAUCUUCUUCAACAGCUGAAGACGUGACAUCAACCACUCUUGCUCCUACAAGCACUGAAAAUAUACCCACCACAACAACAUCCAUAACUGAUUCCACAACUACGGAGGACAUCACGACAACUGAAUCUUCUUCAACAGCUGAAGACGUGACAUCAACUACUCUUGCUCCUACAACCACUGAAAAUAUACCCACCACAACAACAUCCAUAACUGAUUCCACAACUACGGAGGACAUCACGACAACUGAAUCUUCUUCAACAGCUGAAGACGUGACAUCAACCACUCUUGCUCCUACAAGCACUGAAAAUAUACCCACCACAACAACAUCCAUAACUGAUUCCACAACUACGGAAGACAUCACGACAACUGAAUCUUCUUCAACAGCUGAAGACGUGACAUCAACUACUCUUGCUCCUACAACCACUGAAAAUAUACCCACCACAACAACAUCCAUAACUGAUUCCACAACUACGGAGGACAUCACGACAACUGAAUCUUCUUCAACAGCUGAAGACGUGACAUCAACCACUCUUGCUCCUACAAGCACUGAAAAUAUACCCACCACAACAACAUCCAUAACUGAUUCCACAACUACGGAAGACAUCACGACAACUGAAUCUUCUUCAACAGCUGAAGACGUGACAUCAACUACUCUUGCUCCUACAACCACUGAAAAUAUACCCACCACAACAACAUCCAUAACUGAUUCCACAACUACGGAGGACAUCACGACAACUGAAUCUUCUUCAACAGCUGAAGACGUGACAACCACUCUUGCUCCUACAACCACUGAAAAUAUACCCACCACCACAAAUUCACCCACAACGACAGAAGAACCAAGUACAACUGAAUCAAUUCCGUGUGAAAGUUUUCCAUUCUUACCAAUAUGUUUGCUAAGUACGACGACCACAACAUCCAUAACUGAUUCCACAACUACGGAGGACAUCACGACAACUAAAUCUUCUUCAACAGCUGACGACGUGACAUCAACCACUCUUGCUCCUACAAGCACUGAAAAUAUACCCACCACAACAACAUCCAUAACUGAUUCCACGACUACGGAGGACAUCACGACAACUGAAUCUUCUUCAACAGCUGAAGACGUGACAUCAACCACUCUUGCUCCUACAACCACUGAAAAUAUACCCACCACAACAACAUCCAUAACUGAUUCCACAACUACGGAGGACAUGACGACAACUGAAUCUUCUUCAACAGCUGAAGACGUGACAUCAACCACUCUUGCUCCUACAACCACUGAAAAUAUACCCCCCACAACAACAUCCAUAACUGAUUCCACAACUACGGAGGACAUCACGACAACUGAAUCUUCUUCAACAGCUGAAGACGUGACAUCAACCACUCUUGCUCCUACAAGCACUGAAAAUAUACCCACCACAACAACAUCCAUAACUGAUUCCACAACUACGGAGGACAUCACGACAACUGAAUCUUCUUCAACAGCUGAAGACGUGACAUCAACCACUUUUGCUCCUACAACCACUGAAAAUAUACCCACCACCACAAAUUCACCCACAACGACAGAAGAACCAAGUACAACUGAAUCAAUUCCGUGUGAAAUUUUUCCAUUCUUACCAAUAUGUUUGCUAAGUACGACGACCACAACAUCGAUAACUGAUUCCACAACUACGGAGGACAUCACGACAACAACAGCUUCUUCUACUGUUACAACUGAAGAAUUACCAACUACAACUACAGAAAGUCCUACAACGGAAUCCUCUUCUACAACAUCUGAAGAAUCAUCGACUACUUUAGCUCCAACAACCACUGAAGAAGUAACAACAACUACAUCCGAGGAAGUAACAACAACCACUGAGGCUCCCACUACCACUGAAGAAUUAACGACAACAACAAUCGCUCCAACAACCACUUUAGCUUCAACAACUACUGAGGAAAACUCAACAAUCGCUCCUACAACCACUGAAAAAAUAACAACCACAACGACAGCUCCCUCCAACUCCCAUGCUCAUCACCAUCACCAUUACCACCACGAAGUGAUCGGACCUCCACUUCCACCCCUUCCUCUUCCUGCUUUUCCUCUUCCUGCUCUUCCUUUUCCCCCUCCACUUUUGCCAAACCUUGGAUCCUUGCCUGAGGCUGAUCAUGCUGUAAUUGCGAUACUACCUAUUCCCCCUCUACCUCAGAUCCCAGCAUUUCCUCCACCACCGCCAAGACCACCACUACCUUUUGGAAAUUUGUUUGGAAAAUGAUGUAGUUCAUAAAUAUAUAUGA